AGAGUGCGUAUGACUAAUGCGGUGUCUGCUGCAUUGGGUGGCUUUGCUGAGGUGGUCAUUGGCGCAUCGAUGGAAAGGCGAGAAGGAGAUGCGUACGCUUUUAAUGAGCCGUUGCUCGAGGGCACUCUGUUCAAUUUGGAAGGGAAUGGAAGUGGCGAUUUCGUUGUUGCAAUGAUGUUUCUACAACCGGGUCGGCAUGCGGGAUCGGGCGGAGAUGUGGCGACCAUCCUGAAAGAGGAGGAGACCCAACACCCUGGACUGAAGACACACAUCACUGACCUCAUGGGUUCAGGAGACGACAUCAUCCCAAUCCUCGCCGAUCGCUUCUCUGAAUGCUUAGCCUCUGCAGCAGCCGCCAGCGCUGGAUCUAUAUAAAGCACAUAGCCAC